CAUUGUCCUCUACGCUGCCUCCUAUGCCUCUUACACCUCCUGCUGAGCCAGACCCGGAACCGAAGAUGAACUGGGCGUCAUUUUAUGCUGUCAUCAGCGGUGUGAACAGACACUCCACAGGCAUCGGCCGCAUCUGGCUCUCUGUCCUGUUCAUUUUCCGUAUCCUGGUUCUGGUGGUGGCAGCGGAGAGCGUGUGGGGUGACGAGAAGUCCGGCUUCACUUGCAACACCCAGCAGCCGGGCUGCAAUAGCGUCUGUUACGACCACUUCUUCCCCAUCUCCCACAUCCGCCUCUGGGCGCUCCAGCUCAUCCUGGUCUCCACGCCAGCCUUGCUGGUAGCCAUGCACGUGGCCCACCGCCGCCACGUUGACAAGAGGCUCUACAAACUGUCAGGGCGGAGCAACCCCAAAGACCUGGAGCAGAUAAAGACCCAGAAGAUGAAAAUCUCAGGGGCUCUCUGGUGGACGUACGUCAUCAGUCUGUUGUUCCGUAUCGUCUUUGAGGUCACCUUUAUGUAUGUGUUUUACAUGAUCUAUCCUGGUUACAAGAUGAUCCGGCUGGUGAAGUGUGACUCGUACCCCUGUCCCAACACAGUGGACUGCUUUGUGUCGAGGCCCACAGAGAAGACUGUCUUCACCGUGUUCAUGCUAGCGGCGUCAGGGGUUUGUAUUCUGCUCAACAUUGCAGAGGUGGUCUUCUUGGCCGGGAAGGCCUGCAGUAAACAUCUUCACACUGCUGGAGACUCGACUAUGGGGGCCUGGAUCCAACAAAAGCUCUGCUCGUACUAACAAAACACACAGGUUUUGUACCCGUGCAAAUCGAUGUACAAGUGACCUUAGACCCAGGAGACAUCCAUUCAUUUAACUUGCAUGUAAUACACUGUAUAUCACAAGUUGACAUGGUAAUGAUUUAUCCAGUGGUAUAUAAUCUUGGUGACAAAACGUUUAAUGGAGUGGGGAAAAGUAGUGUUCUGACAACACACUGUGUUCUUACCAGACUUAAGAUAAUACGUCAAAGAACUCCAAACUACAGUCUGUUGUUUCAACAUUUUCUGCCAUGAACCUAAAGACUGUAUACAGCUGCAUUCUGUAAUGACAUAAUAUAAAAGCUUAAUGUUAGGCCAAAUAAAAAUCAAGUGAAUAAUAUUUUAUGAAGCAAUAUCCCCACUGACCCACAUUAUAUGCUUUUACUGUCAUGGACUUUGAUGCCUACAACAGUGGGCUUUGAUUAUGAUAAGGAUUUUUGGUCUUGAAAUGAAAAUAUUAAAGAUUGGAUAAGCAGAAAUCUGGGGGGAAAAAGGCAAAAAAGAAACAAACAAGAGAAAAACAGCAUAAUAUGAAUAUACACUCCCCUUCUGCAACUCUACCUUCUCUGUCAUAAGCCCCUCUGCAUCCCUCCGCUCCAUCUCUGGAGCUGCGGCCCACUCUCCUCCCGGUGAGGUGGUCUGUAGUGACGGGGAGUGAGGCAGAGGACACUUUGUGAUUCAAGGGUCUAGCCAAAGCUACAUAAACAUGAACAUGAAGCUGUAGCUGUUAGCCUUUGGCUCCAGUUAACAGAAGAAUAAAUUAUUAUUAACAUUUUCUCUCACCCUCUGAAACACUUUGCAGAUAUUGAAGCGUGUUUUAUUUUGUUUAUGGUCAGACUCUCUUUUAGAGGCUGUUUACAUGGCAGUGGGUCUUGCAUAAAACAUCAAACUUUUGGUGUGGUUUGGCCUUUCGUUCACACAACAAUGGCGUUUUGGGGGCCUGUAAAUCCACAUUUUUGAAACCGGGUUCCAGAGUGUAAUCUUUUGAAAAUAACACCCCUUCUGUAGCCGUGUAAACUGUCAAUGGGCAGAUCCUGUGAGAACAGUGACAUCGCUGCCGCACUUUGCACAUGGUGUUAAUGAACUACAAAAUACUCAAAGGAUAUAAUUGGAUUUUUUGCACAGUGAUGCCAAAAUAAAACUGCCUACCCCAGCUUUAAAUCAUGAAAUGUGACACGUGCUAUUUCAAAUCAUUAAAAUGUGUCAGAGAAGUGUUUUUAUUGAUAUUCUAUUCUAUUCUAUUCUAUUAUUGACAUCAAAUCCUAUCACAAAUGUCAUGCUUUUGUCUAAAUCACCAUGAACUGAAUCCAUUGGACUUGAGGAUUUAUGGCUUUUCUGCGGCUGUUAUCAGAAAGAUAUUGUACUAAUACAUGGAAAAUAUGUUAAGUUAUACAGUUUGUUGAAUACAGAUUCUUCACGUUGGGGUUAAAUGGUUUCUUCAGAUAUAAACAAAGCAAUAACUCAUCAAAAAAACUUGAAUU